UGAAUAAUGUGGUUAAGUGCCACUAGCAAUAAUUAGAAAUCUUUUUUUUAAUACACCAAAAGUUCUCUCAAUAACAUUUAGAAGUGACGAAUGUCGAAGGUUAAAUAAUUUUCGAGGGUUUUAUGGUCCAAGAGUGAAAUACUCUUUCAAGUAAUAAUGGACGCCUCUAUACAUGGUGUUACUCCCAUUUUAGCAUAAAUCAUGCAUGCUCGAGAUAGAACUUUGUGUUAGGUGAGUUUGAGUAACUUCAGUUAAACCAUACAGAGCAAGGUGAAUCAGAGAAGUAUAAGAACUGGAAGCCCGCACCCCCGCCACAACCGCCGUGCGCGCAGAGUUUUUCAGAUCCAUGUUUUGUAUAUGAAUGUAAAUCAAAGAGGAAUAAACAAAUGGAUGGAAGCCCGGCCGCCGCGCCGUUGCAGCGAACAUUUGAUUGAGUUCACAGUUCCGUUCUCUUUCUCCUUCUUUCUAGUUGAAGCCCGGCCAACGACACCGUUUCACAACAACCAAAGCAUCUAGUUUCUGAUCCACUUCCAAUUGCGAGAUGUCGAAGGAUAAAGACCCUACCAAUUUGUCUCGCACCUUCAAAUAUCUUUUAGCUACUCAAUUCUUGUCCAGAGGAAUUCCAUUUAUAUUCAAUACAUGGAUUGUGAGGCAUCUCACUGAAGAGGACUAUGCGAUGUAUGCAGUGCAGUUUCAUCUAUUUGUUACAUGUGUUUUAUUUCUUAGUCGGGAGGGUUUCCGACGAGCAUGCAUGCGGGUGGAUAUAAAACGUGAUGGUACUUCAAUGGAAGAAGAUGUCAUGAAGCUAAUGAAAGUAGCGUGGAUGAGUGUCCCACUUGGCAUAUUUGUUACCAUUGUAGCAUGCCUUUUUGUCUUCUGGUGGCAACAAAUAAGUUAUUUUAGUCCUUAUGGGCAAGCUGUCUUGGUCAAUGGUUGUGCGUGCAUUUUGGAGCUGUUGGCCGAGCCUUUGUAUAUUCUAUCACAGAACUUGGUCUUGCUUGAAUUACGGUUGAUGGUUGAGACAGUAGCUACAUUCUCACGGUGCUUGACAAUGUACUUUUUAAUUGUCAAGCUAACUGGAAUGGAAAAAUCAAUCAUAUUUGCAUUGUCACAGUCUGCUUAUGGAGCCUGCUUAUUUCUUGGUUAUUGGGGCUAUCUGCUUCUUUUUCGGAAACUUAGAUAUUCUUACAUUUUCCCAUUCAGAAAAGGAAAUUACUUUGGAUUUGACCAGCAGCUUUCGAAGAUGUGCACACUGUUUACCUUUCAAUCGUUUCGAAAGCUGAUCCUUCAGGAAGGAGAAAAGAUAGUGCUUGUGUGGUUUGAUACACCAUAUAAUCAAGCUGUAUACGGCCUUGUGGAUAAAUUAGGUAGCUUAGUGGUGAGACUUGUCUUCUUGCCAUUUGAAGAAAGUUCAUAUACAACAUUUGCAAGGUCUGCUUCAGGAGAAUAUCCAGGAAAACACAAGAAAUUAGGAAAUUGCUUGACAGAAUCCCUCAAGUUAGUUUUGUUUAUUGGCGUUGUUUUCAUGGCAUUUGGUCCAAGUUAUUCUUAUUCCCUCAUUAGAUUGUUGUAUGGUAAAAAAUGGAGUGAUGGAGAAGCAUCAGUUGUUCUCCGCUAUUAUUGCUUCUAUGUCAUUGUUUUGGCCAUGAAUGGAACAUCUGAAGCCUUUAUGCAUGCUGUUGCAACAGAGAGCCAACUCAAGCGUUCAAAUGAUUCACUACUUGUAUUCUCUUUGAUCUCUAUAGUUCUGAAUGUCCUAUUAAUAAGGUUAUAUGGGUCAGUUGGCUUGAUCAUGGCAAAUUCUCUUAAUAUGACUUUGAGGAUUUUAUAUUCCGCAAUGUUCAUAAAGGAUUACUUCAAGGGAUCUUCCUCCUUUUCUUUUCGUGGCUGCUUUCCUUCAGGAUGGGUUAUUCUGUUACUUUCAAGUGUAAUCACUCUCGUUUCUGAGAAUGUAGUUUUGGAUCAAGAUAAUUUCUGGCCAACAUUUAUGAUCCAUUUCUCUGUUGGGCUGGCUUGCUUCUGUGUGUCAUCAUAUGUGAUCUACUACCGGGAAAAACCUUUCAUCAAGAAAAUUAUUCGCUUUCGCGACCACUCGGACUGAUGAACUUUGUAACUUAACUGUAAGAUAGUCGAAUGAAUUAAUAAUUAGUUUUCUAUGAUGUCCAGAGCUGACAACAUAAAUUUAUUUUGAACUGGAGCAGUGUACCAUUUAACAACUAGAGUGUUUCAUAAAGCAUAUUUAUGAGAGAUCAGUGCCUUUUAUUGUAAACCUGGUAUUGAAAAUACUUGGGAUGUAACCUAAUGACACAAUUAGGGUAUCAGAAAAUUCAAAAGUAUACUGUCCCUUUGUUUUUA